AUAUUGUUGUGUAAUCCUAGGUUGACAGAAACUUGUGGGGGAGGGGUUUUCCCAGCUAUACAUGAACUGAAACGCAGAACAAGAGCUGAGCCUCAAACACGGAACAAGAGCUUAAACACAUGACAAGUGCUGAUUCUGAUACGUGAGAUUGUGUUCCAGAUUGCUAACACAUACAGCUGUUUGCAAGUCAAAGUCUAAAUCAGGUCUCAGUUUGUCUCUGUAACAAGGCAGAUAUGGAGGUGCCUGGGUUUGGAACACUGAUUCUGAUCUUCAGUAUAACAAUAUUGUUUACUCUCUGGGUGAGAAAGAGACGGAAAUCCGGGACCCCUCCUGGUCCACGCCCCCUCCCUCUCCUGGGAAACAUCCUGCAGAUUGAUUUCAAGAACAUAGUGAAGGAGUUUGUACAGCUUGGUUCACAGUAUGGUCCUGUUUCCAUGGUGUACCUGGGGCAGAACCCGGUGGUCAUAUUAAAUGGAUAUGACGUCGUGAGAGAGGCUUUUGUAGACAAUGGAGAGGUGUUCAAUAAUCGUGGAAAACUGGCUAUUGCAGAGAAGAGUUUCAAGGGAUAUGGUGUUAUAUUCAGUAACGGUGACCGAUGGAAGCAGAUGAGGCGGUUUUCUCUUAGUACCUUGAGAAAUUUCGGAAUGGGGAAAAAAAGUUUGGAGUCUCGGGUACAAGAGGAGGCCAAGUGUCUGGCAGAGGAAUUCCAAAAGAAGGGAGGGGUUCCAUUUGAUCCCACCUUCCUCCUAAGUCUGGCAGUCUCCAAUGUUAUCUGUUCUAUCGUCUUUGAUGAACGUUUUGACUAUGAAGAUAAGGAAUUUCUGUCCAUGUUGGCACUGAUGCAAGAGUCUUUCAGAAUUGUGACCUCACCUUGGGCUCAGAUCUUUGGUCUGGCACCUGACCUCCUAAUGCAUUUUCCAGGUAGCCACCAUAAAGUCUUCAAGAAUUUUGACAAGCUGAGAGAGUACGUGAUUGGAAAGGUCAAAUUACAUGAGAAGACAUUAGAUGAAAACUGUCCAAGAGAUUUCAUUGAUUGCUUUCUCAUUAAGAUGAGGCAGGAAAAAGAUAAACCUGCUACAGAAUUUAAUGAUGAAAAUAUGUUUGUUACUGUACUGAACCUGUUUUUUGCUGGGACAGAGACCACCAGCACCACACUGAGAUAUGCAUUACUCAUCCUGCUAAAAUACCCAGACAUUAGAAAAAAGAUUCAAGAUGAAAUUAACAAGGAGAUUGGCCAGAUUCGCUGUCCAACAGUGGAGGAUAGACUCAAAAUGCCAUACACAGAUGCAGUGAUUCAUGAAAUCCAGCGGUUUGCAGAUAUUGUACCUCUAGGGCUCCCGCAUUCGACCAACCAGGAUAUAGAGCUGAGAGGAUAUCACAUUCCAAAGGGUGCAACCAUAUUCCCCAUGUUAACUUCCAUCUUGAAAGAUGAAAAAUAUUUCAAGAAUCCCCAGAAAUUUGAUCCAGGACAUUUCUUAGAUGAUCAAGGCAAUCUGAAGAAAAGUGAAGCCUUCAUACCCUUCUCUAUAGGUAAGAGAGUCUGCAUAGGAGAGGGUCUGGCACGUAUGGAGAUUUUUCUGUUCCUAACAUCCAUUUUGCAGAAGUUUGACCUGAAAUCCAACAUGGAACCUGAAGAUAUUGACAUCUCUCCUGUACCCAACAGUGCAAGCAAUUCUCCUCGACCUUACAUGCUUUAUAUGAACCACUGCUGACAUUUAACCUAACUGCAACAAUUUUGGAUGUUCCUUUAACACAAUAUAAUAGGCAUCUGUACAUUAAAAUGAUGGUAAACACUCACGUCAAUUUAUCUGCUGCGUCUGAGUUGUGCCUUAGUUGCAACUCUGACUCUGUGCAGUGCCACAUAGAUGGAAGCGCAGAAGAAGUAAAUUGCUUGACAUCAGCAGCACGUGCAACUUAGAGUCAGGCCCUAUGUGUCAAUUCACCAUAAGGUAUCUCACAAUUAUAUAAAAUAUAUUGAGUUCAUUAAUAUUUACAUUGAGGUCUGAGAGGCUAUGUGGAUGACUGUGAAUGCUUUGUCUGAAAUCGGACACAAUACAAUCUCUCAUCUGCUCAUAUAAGAUGGACCUUUUACAGUGCGGGUCAAUAAAUGAGAGGUGGUUAAUUAAAGGAGUUACAUGCUUAUCCUGAAAGGACACUAAUAGCCUAUACCUCAUCUGACUUCCCUUAUAUUCAUACUGAAUAUAUGUGACAUUAAAUUGUACCUCUUUGUAAUCCA